ACAAACGGAGUGGGAUCGAACUGGUGCGAAUUGCCAGACAGCGUGGACUUGCAGUGCAGCGCACCUUACUUUAGGCGAGAGAGCAGUCGAAACAAAACAGGUGCACUUACUGAUCGCAGUAAAUCCCAGCGGUGUCCUGCAGUCAUGAGUCCCCCAAUCAUCUUCUUUGCAGAGCCCGGGUUUGCCUGACACCGCCCUAUAUCAGGCGCAUUUUGAUGCUCUUGGGAAUCCUCCAACAAGCUCUCCCUCUCUCCACUUCUCCUCUCUCUCGUCUCCUCUUCCUCCCUCCCCUCUCUCUCUCUUUCUCUCCAUCUCUCUCUCGCCUUCUCUCGCUCCCCUGCACUCCAUUCAUUCCCUGUGUGUGUGGGUGCACAAGGCCGAACUACCCCAGCCCGACCAGUGGUAUGAGGGGAAGCAUCCAUCCCUGCUGCCCGCGGAUGGAUGCGCACUCUGCGUUCCUCUCUAUCUCUGGCUAGCGCAGCAUCUUGGCCAAGAGGAGGAGGAGGAGGACCGCUGCGAUCUUCUGUUCUCACCACCUGGCAGCGGCAGGCUGACUGGCUGGCUGGCGCCGUCUGACUAGCUUCUUGAAGAAUCCUUCCCCUGCCUUCGUCUCUCGAAAGACCUUCGGCAGUCAGAUGAAAGUAACUUCUUCUGGGCCCGAGUCUCGUUCAUCGUCGACGAAGGGAUUCUUAGUCUCGCAGAGGAUCGGUUCUAGAGUAUAACACGGUGGUAGAUUUCGCACUCGGCACAGGACGUACGCACUUCUCGUUUGAUAUAUUCUGGAGAGGGGAUGAAGGAUCACACUAAUUUCAGGAGUAUGGUGUCUGAUGAAGACGCAGAAAGCUUAUAGAGUAGUGGGGAGAAUUAAUUCCGGUUUGCUUGCUCUGGAGAAUUAUUCCUCGGCCUGGCUUCUUUCUCUCACUUUGGCACGACAGGAGGCUGCAGUGAAUACUAUUGUUCUGGACUUCCAGCGAGGAGAAUAGUUUGUUCAACUGUAAAAAUUUCGGUAUCCCUUUUGCUUGCUCGCGGCCUGCAAGAAGGUAACCGCACCACGCUCUGAUCCCCUGGACUUUAGUCCGACGUUCUGGUGUUCUGAUCCCUUGGAUUUCAGUCCUUCAUCUUGAUGCGCACGGUACAUUUUCCGCUUCACUUUCGUCGGCGGUUUGUACGAGUUCUGCGUGGGGAAAUUUAAGCACGGGUGUGCUGGGGUGCUGGGGGGCUGAUGGUCUGAUAUGGAUUUUUGGACCGCGUGACUCUCUGUCCGAGACUUUAACACGGACCUGCAUAUGAAUUCGGGACCGUCCGGCAACGAAGAAUAGUUCCUAUCGUUCUGAAGAUCAUCGAUCUUGUCUGGCUGGAGCUGUUUUGCAUUUUAGCUGCGUUCUGCUACAGCUUCUAGGAGGUUUGGCGGAUUCUCAGAUUCGAUACUAAUGGCGGACGCCACGUACUGUUGUAGGCAGUGUGGAGUCUAUUUGAAUGUGAGCUCUAAUAUGUUGUAUCCUCACGACACCUACUUUCAAGCGGGGAAUCGAGGAACAUUGUCGUUCAUGGAGAUAGAUAUGAGCAAGUUUCGUCAACAACAUGAGAACAGGUGCUUUCCCUUCUUCGACUCUUUGGAUUCUUGGGGAAUCCAACGGAAACGAACAAGACUUCGGUGUGCACUAUGCAACACACUGGUUGGCUAUAUAUACUACGACAUGCCCAAAAGAGUUGGAGAUACAGGUUUGGGCCCCUCGCAAGCUGUCCCCAGAGGGCAAAGGUAUCGUUUGAAGAUCAAGUCCUUACAAGAGGCUCCGCUCUACCAAGGCAAAUGGAAAUGACAGUAGCUGGGUACAAUGGAUUUACUAUUUAGUAUUCAAUCUUAGUUGAAAGGCUCAUUUGUUUAGGAUAGGAAAAAAAUUGAAGGGAUGAUAGGUUUGCAUUCCCGAUUUAGAGAGAAGAGUUGAAGCCAUGUCUGUCUACGUGGGUGCUGUAUCAUCUCUAAACUGUGUAAAAAAUAUCGCUGUAGCUAAGGUUUAGGAGAUUGAGAUCUUUACACAUUUCUCUAGAAGGUGAAUGAAGAGCUGAGCACAGUGACACGCUGCUGCUCGGAGUAAUUUUUCCAUGUUAGGCAAAUCAAGGGCUCUGGCUCUUACAGUGUCGAUACACAAGGCCGAGUGGAAUGACGCUUUUGUAUUUCCAAUUCUACUCAGCGAUAAAAAGUACUCUAGGUUAUGCGUAACUUUUUCUUGUGAUUCUCAGCGUGCAGACCUAGAGCAAAAUUGAG